AUGUUGAGAACUAUUUUUAAGACAAGAUCGUUAUUCAAUGCUAGCGUUUCCAGAUUCGGCAGUGGUUUCGAUCGUAUUGCUGAGUCCAACGAUGCCACUUCUAUUUGCUUAGAAUCUAUUUCAGGAACUAUUAAGGGUCUCCAAAAGGCAAACUACGUUGUUGAACACAAUCCCAAUUUGACUUCUGAAGAAAAGAAGCAUUUGAAAUAAUUCCUUGUUUAUCGUUACAACCCUGCUGAUCCCCAUGAUCAACCUAAAUACGUUAGCUAUUGGUGUGACAUCAAGAAGUUCCCUCCCAUGUUCUUGGAUGCCAUUCUUUACAUUAAAAACGAAUUAGAUCCUACUCUCUCUAUCAGAAGAUCUUGCAGAGAAGGUAUUUGCGGUUCUUGCGCUGUUAACUGCGAUGGUUUACACACAUUGGCUUGUAUUUCUGGUUUCAACAGAGAUUUAUCCAAGCCCACUAUCAUCACUCCUUUGGGUCACAUGUUUAUCUUGAAGGAUCUCGUUGUUGAUAUGACCAAUUUCUAUGCUUAAUAUAAGAUGAUUGAACCUUACCUUAAGAGAAAGACUCCUAAGCCUGAUGCCAACAAGGAAUACCCUCAAUCUCCUGAACAAAGAGCUCUUUUGGAUGGUUUAUACGAAUGUGUCCUUUGUGCUGCUUGUUCUACCUCUUGCCCCUCUUACUGGUGGCAUCCUGAUAGAUAUCUCGGUCCUGCCAUUCUCUAAUAAGCUUAUAGAUGGAUCGUUGAUAGCAGAGAUGAAUACACCCAAGAAAGAAUUGAAAGAAUUGCUGAAGAUGUCAGACUCGAUGACUGUCAACAAAUCGGUAUGUGCUCUUUCACUUGUCCUAAAGGUUUAAAUCCUCAACUUUCUCUUAAAAAUUUAAUGGAUAUGGUUAAGGAUUUCAGAUAAAAAAGAAUCGAAUAAGAAGUUCUCUGA